AUGGCGGUACUUGGAGGAAAACUUCAUAGGUUAAUGAAGAAGCUGAGAAAGAAUGGCGGUGACGGAAACGUUAAGAUCAAGAAAAGCAAUGACAAGAAACAUAUCCGAAGUGGGUUCUUGCCGAUUUACGUAGGUGAAGAGUGUGAAAAGUAUGAAAUUCCAGUGGUUUGGUUGGCUGCAUCAAUAAGAUUCAAGGCAUUGCUCUAUCAAUAUGAACAAGAAAUCCAAGCAGGGGAGCCGAUAACUUUGCCUUGCUCCACCAAAGAGUUCGACACGGUUCUCAGCCUUAUCAAGGCAGAGACGAUUUUCCGGUAA